CUGAGAGGUACACUGCUUCUGGCAAUACAUAUCAUUUACUAUUGGUACUUACUGUCCUUUAUCGCCAGCUAGUUCCUGCCGGUGUCUGUACUGUCAUACAGCCCUGAAGGGAAAAGCCAUUUUUUUGUUUUAAAGAUGUCUUCUCGAAGCGUACAAACUGUUGUAAAGGGGGAAGCGUCUGAAACUGAUGAUGAGGAAGAGAUGUAUGUGACUUCUAUACCAACUGGAUCAUUCUCUAGUAUCUGUGGUGUGAAAAUCCAAGGAGAAGCUUCAGAGACUGAUGAUGAGGAUGAUAGUGUUGCUGAGAGGAAUGAGACACUUUCCAUGAAGCUGGAGAAGGACCUACCUCCAUUGGUGGUCAUCAGGAACGAUCAAGAAGGUUCUCCGGUUGGUAUGGAAGAGAAACCUAUUGUGAAUAUACAGCAGCCGGGCCGUUACAGCACACUACUACAGCAGAAACUUUUGGAAAGCAAUGCUCGCCUGUACCAUGAUGUUAGCAACACCAUUCGCCAGGUCUAUCAUACAACCACGAAUGAGAUCCGAACGUUGACCAGUCAGCUUAACAACUCACAAAAUGGGAUUAUUAAUGCAUCCCACAGCAUCCGACUUGCCCUAGAAGAUCUGAAAGGAGUAUCUGAGAAGAUUGACAUCAUAACCAGCUGUAAUCUACUUCCUGAUAUCAAGAUAUAAUUGCUCUGAACUUUGGUUUUAACAAUUAGAGUUUAAGGCUGGACAUAGACAGUACACUAGUACAGACGAAGGGAGGAAUGACAGCCCGAUAAUCAAGGCGCCUGACCGAUGGUCUGAUAACCAAAGGAAACAGACUUUUUCAGCCGUUUCCAGGCUGUGAACGAUUAUAAUUCACGCCUGUGCACUGAAUAAUAAUCGUUAGGCACAGUCGUGUCCUCAGCUGAGCGGAAUAUCAUUGUUCAGGGUUGUGGCCAGCUCAAGUCUACCUUUGUACCCGUUUUCUGUCUCUACAUUAUACUUUAUAUCCAAGGGUAAAAAGCUAUUGGACCUCGGAUUUCAUAAUUUCUAAUGUCGGAAAGUGGUUUUCAUAUGCUAUUACUUGUACUCUUACUGGGGAUAUCUACCCAACUAAAUAAUUGAGAAAGUUAUUUAUGUUUGCACAAAUACCAUUUGGGUGUAUUAAGUAUAAUUAAAAGACUUCAUUCUAAAGAA